AUGGUAGGGAUUGAAGGGAUUGUGGUCGGAAUGGUAGGAAUUGAGGGGAUGGUGGGCAGUGAAGUGGCAGGCAGCGGUGGCAGCGACACCUUUGGAACGGUGGGCAUGGUGGGCAGCAGCGGAAUCUGGGUGGUCGGCAAAGGUGGCAAUGUCGGUUUUGGCAGAGUCGGGACUGUUGGCAGUGUUGGCAUUGAUGGGAGUGGAGGCAGUCCUGUGGGCUUAGGGAGAGAUGGAAUUGUAGGCAGUGUAGGUACAGAAGUUUGCAAUAGGCUGCGAGCACCAAGGCUCACUUGGAAGCAUGAAAGUGACAAAAUUAGGAUCAAAGACAGAAUGGAACAAUGGUUAAAAGCAGCCAUUGAAGAAUAA